AGUGAACGCAACAUGAACCACGUGACAUUAACCAGGAAGUAGGUGAACGUCAACAAUACAAUGGCAGUUAUGGCGUCCUCGGAUUGGCAUCUGUCUCUCAAGCUUGUAGACCAGCCCAAAUCCAAAUUCCACUUCCCAGAGAUGAUGCCCGGAGACGUCCCACCUGGAGGGUACAGAGUGGCGACCCUGAAGCAGCUGGUGGCCGCGCAGCUGCCUGACUCUAUUCCAGAUCCAGAACUAAUAGAGCUGGUCCACUGUGGCAGGAAAUUGAAGGACGACCUUACUUUAGAUUCUUAUGGCAUUCAGAAUGGGUCCACCAUACACAUCCUCAAAAAGAGUUGGCCAGAGCCUGAGAGUGCUCCAGAGCCUGUGAAUAGAGCAACAGCUGCCAGAGAGUUUAGAGUUUUUCAUGCUGCUCUUCAUUCUCUCAACUCAUCCUACAGAGAUGCGGUUUACAAAAUGUUGACAAAUAAAGAAUCUCUGGAUCAAAUAAUUGUGGCUACACCAGGCCUCAGAUCUGACCCCGUUGCUCUUGGUGUACUCCAGGACAAAGACCUCUUUGUACAAUUUACAGAUCCCAACAUGUUGGAUGAGUUGAUUAGCUCACAUCCAGCUUUGGUGAAUGCUAUCAUCCUGGUUCUACACUCUGUGGCAGGAAGUAUGCCUGCACAAUCCAGCACCAGCUCAUCGCGCAAUGUCUCUUCCAGCUCUUACAGUGACAUGCCAGGAGGAUUUAUGUUUGAAGGCAUGUCUGAUGAUGAGGAAGAGUUCCAGUCUAGUCCAUCAGCAGCUCAAUCAAACAGAUCAGGGCCAUCGUCAGGAAUGAGACCUGUGUCUCUGAGCCACAGUGGAGCCACAGGCCCACGACCGAUCACGCAGAGUGAACUCGCCACAGCCUUGGCUCUGGCUAGUACUCCAGACAGCAGUGCAGUCACCCCUACCACAACAAGCCAGGCUGACCCUUCUAGUGGUGUUACUCCCAUGCCAGCGGGAACCCCUGUCAGUAAUGAUCUGUUCAGUCAGGCUCUACAACAGGCGUUCCAAGCCACCACCAUGUCAUCUUUACAAGGCAGAUGGCAGUCUCAGAUGCAGCAGCUCAGAGACAUGGGAAUCCAGGAUGAAGAGCUAAUGCUGAGGGCGCUGCAGGCCACAGAUGGAGAUAUCCAGGCUGCCCUCGAGCUUAUAUUUGCUGGAGGCCCCGGACUCUGAGUCUACUUGAGGACAGAAAGGAAAUGCCCUAUCAAAAUUGUCAAGACACAUUACAUUAUAAAGACAAUUUGUUUGUUAAAUGUAACACUCUUUCAGUCCACUAGACACAGAUGUGGCAGUAUUUUAUGUAAGUGAAAUAGGGUACAUGUUUUCUCAUAUUAUAAUAAAAGCUUUGUGGAGU